CUCAGAAGCUAGCUGAUAGCUAGCUAGCCAUUUAUAACAAAAUGCAUGUGUUUUCGAUUGCUGAGAGAAUGCCUUAGGAGUGGAAUAAAUGUAUACGUAUAACGAGACCGUUUAUCUGGCAAAUUGGUAAACCGUGGGAGAAUUUUACAAAUGUGUAUGACCCGCAAAUAACAUUUUUUCCGGCCCCCGGAGCACAGUGCUCUAACAGGAGAGCUUCCAAGCACCGUUUGCGGAUGUGAAGAAGGGACCUAAUGUUAUUUGGGGGAGCAACGCUAGCUAACAUACUGCAGACUGUCAUUUUAUCGGGGAUAUUUUUGCAGGCUUGACUGGACUCCACAGUUACCAGUUAAAUGCCACAAAUGGAGUCAAAGUAGGGGAAUUACUUCCAUCCCUCCACACAAGUCAGAUCUCCACUCCUCUGGACAGUUCCACUUGCUGAAAUGGAUUGGGCCGCACCGGCUGCCAAACUGAAUCCCUACUCCCGAGCCCGCAUGCCCGAGGCCUGGCAGCAGCAUGCAGUCGCUCCACCUCCAGUCGUCCACACCAUACCUCCAUCUGCUGAGAACGCAUUGGGCUGUGCAGUGUAUGGCAUCGUACUACAGCAGGAUGCUACGUCUUUACAGCAGCCGCAGCAGACCCAGCAUGGACAGCACAGCCAACACAGCCAACAACACAACAGUCAGCAGCAUGGAGGGGGGCAGCUCAGUCAGCAGCAGCAGCACCCCGCCCAGGCCCAGCAGAGCACCCUGCAGGUAGCAGCGGAAGCAGGACACAAGUGCGGGGCCUGUGGACAUGAUAUCUCUCACCUGGCCAACCCACACGAGCACCAGUGCAUGGUGAAUCAGGACAGGUCAUUCCAGUGCACUCAGUGCUUGAAGAUUUUCCACCAGGCGACAGACUUGCUAGAGCACCAGUGUGUUCAGGUGGAGCAGAAGCCGUUUGUGUGUGGAGUUUGUAAGAUGGGCUUCUCUCUACUCACCUCUUUAGCGCAGCACCAUACGUCCCACAACAGCACCAACCCAAUGAAGUGUUCAAUAUGCGAGAAAACCUACCGACCCGGUUCUUCUGGCAACACCACGCCCACCUCAAAUACUCCCCAGCAGCCCAGCAGCGACGGGGCGUCGGCAAGCAGCAGCUCAUCCAUUUUACCGUUUCCCUCGGCGCGAGACCGGCCGUACAAAUGCUCCGUUUGCCAGAAGGGCUUCAAACACAUGUCAGAACUAACGCGGCACGAGAGGGUGCACACGGGCGAAAAACCCUUCAAAUGUGACACAUGCGACAAGGCCUUCAGCCAGUCGUCCCAUCUCCAGCACCACCAGCGGACACACAGCAGCGAACGGCCGUUCAAGUGCGCCGUUUGCGAGAAGAGUUUCAAGCACCGCUCCCACCUCGUGCGUCACAUGUACGUGCAUUCGGGCGAGCACUUAUUCAAAUGCAACUUAUGCGAGCUACACUUCAAAGAGUCGUCGGAGCUUCUCCACCACCCCUGCCAUCCGCAGGGUUCCCGGCCGUUCCGCUGCGCCACGUGCGGUAAAGGUUUCAAGCGUCCGUCUGACCUCCGGCAGCACGAACGCACACACUCGGAGGAGCGUCCCUUCCACUGUGACGAGUGCCAGAUGAGCUUCAAGCAGCAGUACGCACUGGUGCGCCACAGACGAACGCACAAAGACCCUACGGACCGCCCGUUCAAAUGCAACCUGUGUGACAAGGGCUUCAUGCAGCCCUCGCACCUCCUCUACCACCAGCACGUCCACGGCAUGGACAACCUGUUUAAGUGCGCCUCAUGCCAGAAAGAGUUCAGCCAGUCUGGAGAGCUGCUUAGACACAAGUGUGGCGAGUCGUCCAACACCUCGCCAGACAAGCCGUACAAGUGCGACGUUUGCGGUAAAGGGUACAAGAAGAGUUCUACGUUACAGCGGCAUCAAAACUCUCACUGCCAGGAGAAGCCUCUAAAGUGCUCCCUCUGUGACCGCCGAUUCCUGUCAUCUUCAGAAUUUGUCCAGCAUCGAUGCGACCCGUCCCGAGAAAAGCCGCUGAAGUGCCCUGAAUGCGAGAAACGUUUUAAAUACUCCUCGGACCUGAACAGACACCGGCGCGUGCAUACAGGAGAGAAACCGUACAAAUGUGGUCACUGCACCAAGGGCUUCAAACAACGCGAGCACUUGACCAAACACACAAGCACACACUCCAGAGAAGGGCAGUUUAAAUGUGUUUGGUGUGGGGAGCGUUUCAGUGACUUAGGCUCUUUGCAGGAUCACACAGUGCAGCACACAGCCGAAGGCGGUGGUUACCCAGUGCCAGAGUGCUUAUAAAUACUUUUUCUCUUAAACAGACGGUCCCCAAACUGUUGUUGUCUUGUCCCACAUUUGCAGGAUAAGAUUAUUGCAUUCAUUACAACAUCAAAUGUUUGAUGCUUUACUUUUGUUCUGACCCUGUCAUUCCAUCAGAUAGUUUGGAGUUUUCAGUCUGCGCCGGAAGAUGUUUAGGCGUUCUGCUGUCCUGAUUUCAAUGGGGAGCUC